UUUCAACCCUCGUAAGGGGUUGUGGAGGGGGUUGAAAGGAGAAUAGUGCCCCGGGCAGCGGGUGCUGCAUCGAUGGGUGGGUCAGAUAUCUCAUACACUUUGUUGGUGUAGGUGUCAUCAGUUGAUAAUGCUGUGAUUAUUGCUAAAAAAGGAUUUUCGUGUCAAACUAGAAUUAAUUAAUAACAGUUUAUUAAUAAUGUGCAAGUUUAAUCAAAGAAGGUGAAAGCUUCAGUGUAGCAUGGAAGUGGCAAUGCCUGUGACGGGAAAUACCGUCGAUUGCUACGAGGAUAUGUUUAAAGAGAUAACCAGGAAGCUAUAUGGAGAAGAUGGUCUUUCGGAUAUAACAUCAAACGACAGGCUUGCACCUCCUCAAGACCGCUGUCUUACCCCCGUGGACUACGAAACAAGUGGUCCCUUGCUUAAAUCUGACGAUCACUUAACUGCUUUUGGGCUGGCAGCCUUGAUGCAGAAUGGAUUUCCAUCAAACGGCAUUUUCAAUACAACAUUUCAACAACACAAACCGAGCCAAAACUUUGAAGAGAAAUGGAUAAUUAGCGACGACGAUCUUCAAUGGACCCGGUCAAAAAUUGCGAGUUACAAUCCAGCACAGAAACUCUUUCGAUGCGUUGAGUGUGAUUGUGUUGGAUAUCUCCCAAGGGUUGCAGAACAUUGGCUGGGUACACAUUCAAAUUUGAGGACGUUUAGGUGUCCGCAAUGCCCUUAUGAAAGCGCUUGGGCUAGAUGCGUACGACUCCAUUUAACUAGACAGCAUAAUAUAAGCACUGAGGAAACUACAGAUGUUCUAUUAAAGAACAACCCAGUGCUACACGAAAUUUCUAGAUAUCUUCAAAGACUAAAAUCUAGGCUUGAUGUUGGUGGAGCGAAGAAUUCUUCUAUCCAUGGACCUGACGACUAUCAUUCUUCAUCAAGCAGCAUUCCCUCCACGAGCAGUUCCAUGACAACAAAUCGGACUCAAUCGACAACUAAUUCCCAAAAUACAAUAAACAAUGAUUCCGCUAAUAUAUCGACGACAAACAAAAGGUAUAGCUGUUCUUUCUGUCCUUAUGCAACUGAUAGAAGAGAUUUGUUUACAAGGCACGAAAACAUCCAUCGCGAAGAAAAACCGUUUCAAUGUUACGUUUGUCAAAAGCAGUUCAACAGAGCUGACCAUGUCAAAAAGCAUUUUCUUCGCAUGCACAGAGAACAUCCGUACGAUCUGAAUAGAAUACGACGACAUCCUCCGAAAAAUGCGUCAGGAAUGUCGUUUUACAACCGGUACAAUUCAAAUGAAGUAUCGUCAUCUCAUUCCUCCGACCCAACAUCUAGUGAUGUGGUAUCACUUGGUAGUUCUUUGACAAUUCCCAAUGGACUUUGCAACAUUGCUAAAACGAUAAGUGGAAAACAGUUUGGAAGUAUAGAUUCCAAAUGUUCGGCAAAUAUGAAGACCUGCAAUUUGGGAAAAAAUAUCGGUAAGAAAAAGGGAGACAAGCGUUUUAGUUGUUGUUAUUGUUCUUGGACGGGCGUCGACAAUUGGUGUUUAAAGAGACACAUGAAUACUCAUCUGAAACCUUUUGUCUGUGGACUUUGCGAUUACAAAGCAGCUAGGUCGGAAAGACUUGCCACUCAUGUACUUAAAGUCCACAAUAAACGAGCUUGUGGAAAAUGUAAUUUUCUUGCCGACGAUCCUGCUCAACUUACUAUUCAUCAACAAGAUCAUCACCCAUUAGAUCAGAGAAACAAUCGUUCUAAUCAUUCCGUACGUUCUUUUUCGUACUCGGCAAACAACUCCAGUAACACAAACACAGGUGGUAGUGCUUCUAAUACUUGCAUAGCAUCUCUAAGUAAUAACCAAAAUAUUAACAAAUCGUACGACGUAAAUAGUGCUGCAGCUUUAAUGCAACAUAGUGCUCGACUACUUCAGCCAGACUCGAGCAAGUCAUGGAAACAACAUACCCCAAAACAGCAUGGAGCAGCUAGAUUGUUUAAUUACAUGGAAGCUAGCGACAGUUCGGAACCCGAAAGUGAUUCAAAGGGUCCAGAGGAGUCAAGUCGAACCAGUAUUACACAUAGAAUCAAUUCGGAUUUUCCUGAAGCGGGAGAUGUUGCAGGUCAUCUAAAAACCACAAAAGAGGUAGAAAAAGAAGAAGUUGAAGUUCCUCUUUUCGUGUGUAAAAGUUGUGGCUGCGAGUUUGAAGACGAUGCAUCGCUCGAAACUCACAAAUUUAUCAAAUGCCACAUACCAACAUCUCCCGCGAAACAACCAGAAGAAACGAAAGAGAAUGUCAAUCCGAAAUUGAAGUAUCAAUGUCAGAUAUGCACUGAAACGUUUUAUAGUCAGUUUUCGGUAAUGUUCCACAUGUCUACGCACAGUAUGCUUCAUUUCCAGCAUUCUACAAACGAGUCCGUUCAGGAAAAAGAGAAUCACAAGAGAUCAAGGAAGCAAACGAAACCGAAAAAAGUAGUUUCACCAACCAUGGACAAUAAAGACGACACACAAAACGCAAGCAGCUUUAAAAGACAAUUGUGCGAGAAAUAUAUGAUGCAGUUUCUCCAAAGAAGAAGAUUCUCAUGUACACUGUGCAAAACUGCAAAACUGAGUCAAUUCCGUACGAAGUCGAAAUUGAUUUUACAUCAAUUUUGGAGACAUAGCAAAAAUAAAUUUCAAUGUGAACAUUGUAAUUUACGAUUUAGACAUAGAUACCAAGUUGUCUUGCAUUCAAGUUCAGUGCAUAUUACUAAACUCAACAACAACAAAAAUCAGCAGACAGCUCCUACUAAAGAAAUCAAUCCUAAUCCCCCCAGUGAAUCCCUGGUUGUAUCUGGUACUCAAGAUAUCUCCCAUGGUUACGUUACUAAUUCUUACAUCACUGCUGUACCUGAUAUUAAUAACUCAAACACCCCCGUACAUAAAUUAGGUGUUUCUUUUUUAGAUCACACCUUUCUACAUUCAAAUCCAAAUUUGAAUAGUCACAUGCCAAUAAUAAUUCCGACAUUUCCGCCCUGUUAAGAAAAUUCCUUUUUGUCUGUGGUUUAAAUAAGAUGUUGGUGUUUUAAAAAAUUUCUACAGCUACAAAUAAAAUUUAAGUGACCUUCGUAAUCUUAAUGACUCAUAAGGCUUUCAGAUUAAAACGCCUUCUACUAACUAAUUUUAUACAAAAUUAAUGUAGACUAUUUUGUGUACGUAUUAAAAUAUGACGCAUAGAUCCAAGUAAAGUAAGUUCGGCAGUCCAUGUUAAAACUUUUAUAUGAUAAUAAUAAUGAAAAAGAAACGCGACAAUUUAUUGCUAUUACAUAUGUUCCAUAGUGUA